CUCAGUCUCUAGAAUUGGAUCAUGAGGGUUCGCCGGCGUGAAGUCAUACUGCGAGGGAAGGCUUCUAGGUCUUCGACUCGACAAACCGGAAGAUGUGGGUCGACUUGGAACAGUGGGUCACUUCGCUGGAGACUUAGAAGAUUGGAUGGCAAGAUCGUAAUUAUAACAGGCGGUGCUAGCGGGAUUGGAGCGGAAGCAGCUAGGUUGUUCACGGACCAUGGAGCCAAAGUGGUCAUCGUUGACAUACAAGAAGAUCUUGGUCAAAACCUUGCCGUUUCGAUAGGUCUAGACAAAGCAAGUUUUUACCGUUGUAAUGUAACCGAGGAGACGGAAGUUGAGAAUGCCGUUAAGUUUACCGUUGAAAAACACGGAAAGCUUGACGUUCUGUUUAGUAACGCAGGGGUCAUGGAACCACAUGGAAGCAUUCUUGAUUUGGAUCUUGAGGCGUUUGAUCGAACGAUGGCGGUCAACGUUCGCGGUGCGGCUGCGUUUAUAAAACAUGCGGCGCGUUCGAUGGUGGCUAGUGGGACUCGUGGCUCAAUUGUUUGUACAACGAGUAUUGCGGCGGAGAUAGGUGGUCCGGGACCUCACAGUUACACAGCGUCUAAGAACGCGCUUCUCGGGUUGAUUCGAUCAGCGUGUGGUGGGUUAGGGAAGUACGGGAUUAGAGUCAACGGUGUUGCACCAUAUGGGGUUGCGACGGGGUUGACUAGCUACAAUGAGGAAACGGUGAAGAUGGUUGAAGACUAUUGUGAAGCCACGGGGAAUCUCAAAGGUGUGGUGCUUAAAGCUCGCCACAUCGCAGAAGCAGCUUUGUUUUUGGCUUCUGAUGAUUCGGUUUAUAUUAGCGGUCAGAAUCUGGCGGUCGAUGGCGGUUUUAGCGUCGUUAAGCUCACGUAAAAUACAAAAAGGAUGGCAUAAACUCUCUUUCAUUUUAAUUCUUGAAUAAAAUCGAAUUAUUAAG